AUGCGACUUCUUCACUUUGAUCAGUCUGGCCGACUCACCUUAACAGACUUUCGCGGGAAGCCUAUUCCACCAUAUGCUAUUCUUUCACACAGAUGGGAGGAAUCAGAAAUUACCUUUGAAGACAUAGAUAGCGGGACUUACAAAGAAAAGAAGGACGGCUAUCGCAAGCUUUUGUUCUGCUCUACACGUGCGGCCCAAGACCAGCUCCAGUACUUCUGGAUUGACACGUGCUGCAUCAAACGAUGGGACAGGCUUGAGCGCUCACGAGCGAUCAAAUCAAUGUUUCUCUGGUACAGCAAAGCGACUAAAUGCUAUGUGUUCCUAUCGGAUGUACCCAAUGUAACGGACAUAUUACAGAGCAGCAACUGGGAGGCAUCCUUCCGGUCAAGCGCGUGGUUUACUCGAGGCUGGACACUCCAAGAGCUGAUUGCGCCAGCAUCAGUGGAAUUUUUCUCUUGCGGGGAACAACGGCUAGGGGAUAAGAGGUCUCUGGAGCAACUAGUGCAUGGAAUUACCAAAAUUCCGCUCGCAGCACUACAGAAUCAUCACUUAGACCAGUUCUCUCUACACGAGCGAAUGCAUUGGGCCGACAAUCGCAUCACCACCGAACCAGAAGACAUUGUGUACUGCCUUUUUGGACUUCUAGGUGUAACCAUGCAUAUUAACUAUGGCGAAGGGAAGAACAAAGCAUGGAGAAGACUUCAAAUGGAAAUAGAAGCAACUAGCAGCACACCUUCCGUCAUUCCAUUUUCCCGCAACGAGCAUUUUGUCGGACGAGAGUCUCAGCUUGCCACUCUACAAGCAAAUUUGUUUAGCAAAGACCAUAUUACAACAACAACUAGAUUGGCUAUAGUAGGACCUGGUGGAACAGGCAAAUCACAGCUGGCGCUAGAAAUUGCAUGCAGAGUAAGAGAGGACAUCAAGACUUGCUCAGUGUUUUGGUUGGAUGCAAGCAACAUCGACAGUCUUGAAAGGUCGUACGAGACCAUCGCCCGAAGGCUCAAUAUUCCUGGAUGGGACGACGAAGAGGCAGACGCAAAGCAGCUUGUAAAACUUCAUCUUGAAAAAGAGGACACGGCACAUUACUUGCUGAUCUUCGACAACCUAGACGACAUCACGCUACGAGCUGGUGAGAUAUUGUUAGCAGGGGAAGUAGGUUUGACUGCCUAUCUACCUGAAUCCACGCGAUGCUCUGUCGUUUUUACAACAACCGAAAGCAGUCUGGCUCAACAAAUGGCAUCGCACACGCUUAUAGAGUUGGAGGAGCUGACACCAUAUGCCGCCAAGGAAAUGUUGAGGAACUACUUGAAUAGAGACAAAGAUUUCGAUUCAACCGAGGAGCAACAAGCGAGGCUUUUGCUGCAAGAGCUUUCACAUCUUCCGCUAGCGAUUAUCCAAGCAGCAGCUUAUAUCAAUGUCACGGCUGUAUCACUUAAGGAUUACCUAUCGAAAUUGAAGACGCCAAACGACUACGAUGUCAAGCAAGAUAGCGGACCAUCAAGGGACACACUGCAGAGGGGGAGAGCAAAGGAUCCCGUGGCUAGCACUCUGUUCAUCUCCCUCGACGAGAUCUGCCGUAGUCAUGCGCUUGCAGCAGACUAUUUAUUACUUGCAGCCUGCGUGGCCUCCAAGGAUAUCCCGUUUGAUUUCUUCGAAGACGAGAAUAUUCGAGAAAGAGGAAAUGCUAUACAUGAACUCAGUAAAUACGGGCUAGUCACUCGGCGGCCCGAAGAUUCUGCGUUGGACUUGCACCGACUGGUUCAUUGUGCAUUGCAGGAGUGGCUUCAGCAGCAGAAUCUAUAUCAGGAGCAGGUUGAGCAUGCCAUCACAAAGCUAUCUCAGGUCUUCCCAGAUGGCAGUCAUCAGAAUAGGAGUAAGUGGAGACGAUUGUUUCCGCAUACCAAGUGCGCUCUGUCGUACAUGUCUCCUGAAGUAGAGAGUGGCCAACGGUUACAUCUAACAUGGCAAUACGCAACGGCAAUUUUCCGUGAUGGACGACAUAAUGAAGCGGAAGAGCUGUAUACGCAACUGGUGGAGAUGGAAAAGAGGGUACACGGGGAUGAGCAUCCUGAUACACUAGCUAGAUCCUUCACAUAUAGCCACAGAUCAUGCGAGAAGGAUUUAGAGUUUUCUUGUUGCUCCACCACGGAAGCGAAUCACCAAAGUUUCGAGUCAGUGGAUCAAAAAGUGUGUGAGAGUAAUCAAUGGGGUCAAAAACCAAGUUUUUUUUUUACUUCAAACCAUGAUGCCCGCCUACUGUCUAUGAAGCAAUAUGCCGAAGAAUAAGAGAGGUUCGCUAAACACUUGGAAUCGAAUGAUAUUGGUGGUCGGUUGAGUCAUGGCAAACAUUAGUGUUUCCGGGUUGAGUUUCCUUCCUAUCCGUACGUACGCAAGAGCAACGGGUAUCGCCCGGCAGUUCUUUGUUAAUGCCCGGGGAGGGAAACCAGAAGAAUAGCGGGGGGCCCACCUGCCCUUUUGAUAGCAAGUCCCGUUUGGGCAUGCGCUGUGUACGCGUCUUUGGGCAUCUGACCAUGUUGUCUCGAACGUUCCCAAGUCCCAU